UCAAGCAUCGGAUCUUGCAAAGCGCUUUCUAAGCAACACAGCUAGAUGCACCAAACCUUACCUUAUCCAUCCUAACUCUUUGUGUACCUACCUACGUGACGAAAAUGUCACAACGCGAUCGAUUCGAUAGCGCGCUGAGUCUGGCUAUGGAUCAACAACUGUCGCUGGCGACCCGUACAGAAUCGCAUGGUUCGACUUCUUUGCAGCCAUGGUCGUCGUAUAAUGUUCGGCAAGACUCCUUGACAGAGACGGAAUCCACGAACGAAACGCGUGCUUCAUCACUAUACGAAUGCGAUCCCGCUCCAAUACCGUGGCAAACAUCACCGAAGGUGCUAGUGUCGAUCCCGCGUUCUUCUUCCCCACUCGCGUCGCUGCCAGCCUCGAGAAUAGCUACCCCAGGUGUCAUCUCAUGUGCGCAGUGUGGAACUGAUUUCAGUGGAAUUUAUCGCCGAGGCAAUCUUGCUCGCCAUGUACGUCACAAGCAUGACCAGGGAAGCGGGAAGCUGUUCUCCUGUCGUGCCGCGAACUGUCUCCAUGAUUUCCGCCGGCCGGAUGCGAGGCUGAAGCACGAACGAAAACUGCACCCUGAACUUCAAAUCGCGCCGAUUGAAUCGCGGUCAGGGCCUAGCGAGACCUUUUCCGAACCACCUUCGUCUCAAGUGGACUCAAAAUAUGCGCUCAGUACGACUUCCAGAUCGGAGCCGCUGGGCUAUAGAGAGGGCGGGCAUCAAAGUGUCGUCUCAGCUGUAGAACACGACACAUCGACGGACGAAUACAUCUCUCCCAAUAUGCGUGCGGCAUGGCACACUUUCGCUCAGCUCCACGCUGCACUUGAUGAGGAGGAUUACUCGCAAGCAUGCGAUAAGCUCUUCUUACGAUGGGAAGCUAUUGCUCAAGAAUUGAAAGAUAAAGGAUCUAACGCAUACGAUGUCUAUGCACAAGCCUUGGACGAUAUUCACUCAGUGAUUGCCGCAAUCGAUUGCACAGCUGUUGUGGACCAUUCAGAGCAAAUUCCAAACCAAAGCGAGCAUCUACGUCAACAAAAACCAUACCAGGAGACAGGCCGUCAUGGGCAAGGAGCCGCUCCUUCUUCUGGGAGUGCUCCAACAGCCGAUUACAAUAUCGUUCCUCAGAACCAUACAUGGUACCCGGCGAAUGUGAACAGUGGUAAGAUUACAACUGGGCGGAAAGGCAAAGGAAAGAAGAACCCUGCGCCACGGGUGGACUGUCCCAUGUACAAGCAUUGGCUACUUUACCGCACUGCAGGUGCUCCACCACCUUGCCGUGGAUGUAGUGCGACCAGCAUGAACCAGGUUCGAAAUCACAUCAAGCAAAGUCACGUGGGAGAGCGUGUUGGCAUGCUUCCUUACUACCAUCAUUGCACCCGCUGCAAAGGUAACUUCGUCGAUUUGACUUCCGGAAGCUUCCACAUAGCCGCUCGAGAUUGCGCACAUACACCGCAGCUAAGAAACAACAUCACAACACCCUGGGCGCAACUGUAUCUUUCGAUCUACCCAAGCGCUACGCAAGUCCCACGACCUUUUACCGGUGAAGCUGGGUUUUUGCCGCGUGGUGUUAUUACACAAUGUCAGUCGUCGCGCCCUUUUUUAGGCGAACGGACCCCUGGGAAUUCUCGGGAAUCUCCUCGCCCAACGAAUAUGAACGCGUUGUCGACUGAACGGCCAAUAUACAAUGCAGUAAUGCAAACGAUGUUGCGAGAAGCCGGUAGCCACCUCCCAUCCAGUGAGUCGCAAGCCAUCGCCGGUGUGCACUUCGGUGCCAUGGACCUGAACAUACCUGUGGGGUCCGGACACGCAGCAUUCGAAGAGCAACUAUAUAAUGCCCAGUCGCAUCUUCUUAAUGUGCUCCUCACCGCCCCUCUACACAUGACGCAGGAACAGAUUGCAGCAGCAGCUCAUUAUCUUCAGCAAAUCGUUGACGUUGUCAAUGCUUUCUACACAGUCUCGACAGUACCCGCAGCCUCGACCGUGGAUACUCAUGUCAGUGGCGAGAACCCCAACAAUGUCUUCAGUGAUGUCCCGUUAUCACCACAGACCGAUCAGACAACUCUUUCCAACAUCCUGCCAGGUAGUCCUCCGGCAUUUUGUGGACCCGGUGGUUCUCCUCCGGACCACCUCGCUGGUAGUAACGAAGCUCAGUCAAUGGAUCAUGGUCAGAAUGACCUAGCACACAUCUUUAUUCCUCCCAUCCUCGACCUGGGAUCUGACAUCGACGGUAGUGGCUUCGACCAAGAUUUCGAUCUUGAAGAGGAAGCUCUAUGGCAGUAGCCUGACGUCGAAAAUGAGAUACUUUUGGAUCGAUUUGUAUACGCUUGUCUUCUUUUCGGUUACAUUUUGACCGCUUUGUGUUGUACAUACUUGCUCCUUCAGCAAACCAAUCUACCUUAUCAGUCCUUCCACCCCUGAUCAGAAACCAUUAUGAGAGGACCACUUGACCCGUCUCUGCGCAAGACCGACACGACAAAGCUGGCUCAACAGCGCGGAUUCGAGAACUUCACUACGAAGUGCACUUGCGUUCAUGCUGCCGAGUCUACGCUUCUUAUAUACCUCAACAGACCGAGAUGGGAAUCCCAUACAUGAUUGAUGAAGGGCGGACUAAGUCGUCAGCUACUGUCUUACUAAGGGUGAGCCUCA